AUGGCUCUCCAAGAACAUCAAAAUGAAACUAACGAAAAAUUGUUAAGGCAAGAAGAAUGUUUAACCUCAAACUCUGAUAGAAAAACUUGUCUUCUUGGAAAGAGAAAACAAGAAGAAGCCACGAAUGGUACAACUUUUUCAUCUGAAUCACAAGAUAUAGAGUUUGAAAGUGUUGCUGUUGAUGAAGAUGUGAAAUUAGAAAAUGUACAAUUAAAACAAUCACUUUUGUUACUCGUAUUAGGAGCAGAACAGAGAGAGGAAUGGCCUGAAAAGUGGCAAAAUUUGGUAUGGAAAGUUGUUAAUCAGAAUAUUCUACAAGAUUGUUCAAACUCUACAACCAACGAUUCACUGUUCAAUGAGGAAUUUACGAGAGAAUUGGAGAGUUAUUUCCCAAUGGACACAAGUACAAACUCUUCCAAUACUAAUUGUGCUAAGGAGUGGGUUAGAAAUAGAAUUAAACCAUGCCUUGCUUUCAAUUCUCUCCUUGAACCAAUCUCUAAAAAGAUCAAAAUUGCAACAACAAAUGAAACUCCCACAACUACAAAUCCAGACCUAGUAGAAGACGACAAUACUGCUGAAGAGGCUUCUCCAAUUUUCUAA